UAUAAACAUAAGGUGUGUAUAUAUAUAUAUUACGCCUUUUCUCUUCCUAAAGACCAUGAUUAUCCAUUGCCCUGAGUAUCAGUAAUCCGUACUGCUUCCGUACGUAGACAAUUAUCAACUCCCUCGGGUAGAUGGGAACGAACGGAACCCUCUGAUAAGACCCUAUCGAUAACGAGGGUUUCGGCAAAGAAAAGGGACGACGCCGAGUCACCGUGACUAUUCUCCGAGGUCUCCAGAUCAUCCAGAGAAUGAGAUAUGCGACCCGGCAACAUCUAUAUAUACCAUCCUGAAUAGACUCGAGCUUGAACCAUCCAAGGCCGGAUAGGACAGGCAGCUCCCUCGCCACGGCCCUGCAAUGUCGCCGAUUCCGUCCCAUCCCGCAUCCCCCGCAGUGCUCAAGACCCUUGGCAAUGGAGGAGAAUACGAACACCACGAGCACCGGCGGACACGCACGAACACGGCCGAGAUAGAUAAUACCAUCAGCCAUCCGGGCUCAGUGAAGAUCAAUGUCGAGGGCGCCUUUAUUGUCGACAGGGACUCGACAUCGCCGAAUCGGUCCGGUGUCGAUGGGGCGAAUCAUGAGACGACCGAUAUUAGGCUGCCAAACCACACAGCUGUUGUGAGCCAUAUUGCUGUAGAUAUUGGAGGAUCUCUAGCGAAACUCGUAUACUUCUCACGCGAACCGCCACCAGCGAAGCCCGGCGGACGGCUGAACUUCAUGAGCUUCGAAACCGACAGGAUUGAUGACUGUAUAAAGUUCAUGAAACAGCUCAAACUCAAGCAGCAAGCACUGAAUGGCUCGAAGCCAGGCGAACUAUGCUUAAUGGCGACGGGUGGGGGCGCAUUCAAGUUCUACGACAAGAUAAAGGAGGCGCUGGGGGUUGAUAUUGUGCGAGAGGAUGAGAUGGAAUGCCUGAUUAUCGGUCUCGAUUUCUUCAUCACCGAAAUCCCUCGCGAGGUCUUCACUUAUAGCGAAACCGACCCAAUGCAAUUCGCCGAAGCACGAGCCGACAUAUACCCAUAUCUGCUUGUUAAUAUUGGUUCGGGUGUGUCUAUGAUCAAGGUUUCGGGUCCGAAGGAGUUCCAGCGAGUCGGCGGUACGUCGCUGGGUGGGGGAACUCUAUGGGGUCUCUUAUCGUUACUCACCGGUGCAAGAACGUUCGACGACAUGCUUGGAAUGGCCGAGCGUGGGGACAACACGAAAGUUGACAUGUUAGUCGGUGACAUUUAUGGCGCAGACUACGGCAAGAUAGGGCUGAAGUCAACGACGAUUGCGAGCAGCUUUGGUAAAGUGUUCCGCAUGAAGAGAGAGGCGGAGAUGGAGGCAGAAGACACCGGUGGCUUUCACGACGGCGUUGACCGCGAUAUUUCUCCCAUAAUAGAAGCUCCAUCACCACCAGCGCCGCCGGAUGAACCGAAGGACGCGCCCUUUGACGGGGCCGAUGUGUCACGAUCAUUGCUGUACGCGAUUUCCAACAACAUUGGCCAGAUCGCCUACCUGCAAUCGGAGAAACACAAGCUUGAACACAUAUAUUUUGGAGGAAGUUUCAUCAGAGGCCACAGGCAAACUAUGAACACACUGAGCUACGCCAUCAAGUUUUGGAGUCAGGGCCAGAAGAAGGCGUAUUUCCUGCGACACGAGGGCUACCUGGGAUCUGUUGGCGCGUUCCUGAAGAGACAGCCAAAGAACUGGGGUCGGAGAGGUAGUUUUGAUGAUGGUAUUUGAGGGCCGUUCAGGAGUGUAGAGGCAGCGAGAGACGCUGGAGGCAUGGAUGAGCAAGGACACCAGGAAGACUCAUCGGUUCUCUUGUAUGUCAUGCUUUAUGGAAGCGGAUAAUGCAUAGGGGUUUUGGGGCGCUUGGGAGCAUUUAUACAUUGUAGACAACUCAACGGGACGCAAUCAUUUUAGAAGCAUUGCAACAGUCUACGAACCAGCGGAGGCCAUUUGAUGCAAUUCUGAGUGGUGGACAAGUUCAUCAGAUAGAGCCCAUUGAAAUUUGGAUUGUACAGUACUUUACAUAUGCGCAGAAAAACAUCUGACUACAAUAUAUCACAUCGAUUGAAACACAA